GAAGUUGAUAUAUAAAUAUAUAUAGAUGGAAAGAUCAACCAAGAUAAUAUAUUACAUUAGAAAUUAAAGAUGGCAGAAACUUCUAGGGUCUUUGAAGAUGAAGAAAAUGGCUAUGGAGGAAGAAAAGUCCAACCCUUCGCAUCUACCCCGCAGCCAGAUCUGGGCAAAACUGAAGGGAAGAAGCAAUAUCCCACCACAUUCAGCAGUAUCUUGGGCUUGCAAGACCUUUCUUCUUUACGUGUAUGGAGGGCAUCUUUAGCAGAGGUUCUUGGAACAGCAGCCCUUGUAUUUGCAAUGGACACCAUAGUUAUCUCAUCCUAUGAAACCGAAACCAAAACACCAAAUCUUAUAAUGUCAGCUUUAAUCGCCAUAACUGUUACAGUUAUCCUCAACGCCACAUCUCCCAUCUCCGGAGGCCAUAUCAAUCCUGUAAUCACCUUAUCAGCUGCCUUUACAGGCCUCAUCUCUCUUUCACGAGCUGCCAUAUACAUCUUGGCUCAGUGUCUCGGAGCCAUACUGGGAGCUUUAGCACUAAAAGCUGUGGUAAACAGCACAAUUGAGCAAACAUUUUCACUUGGAGGCUGUACUCUAAGCAUUGUUGCACCAGGUCCCCAUGGACCCAUAGUCGUCGGCCUCGGAACAGCCCAGGCUUUCUGGCUGGAGAUAAUCUGUACAUUUGUUUUCCUGUUUUCUUCAAUCUGGGUGGCAUUUGACAAACGCCAAGCCAAACCUCUGGGAAGAGUUAUGGUUUGCAGUAUAAUUGGAGUUGUGGUUGGGCUUCUGGUGUUCAUUUCUACAACAGUGACUGCAACCAAAGGUUAUGCAGGUGUAGGGAUGAACCCAGCAAGGUGUUUAGGUCCAGCACUUAUUAGAGGUGGUCACCUGUGGAAUGGGCACUGGGUGUUUUGGGUUGGGCCAGUUAUUGCUAGUGUAGCAUUUGCUGUUUAUACCAAGAUAAUUCCAAGUGCUGAGGUCCAUGCAUGAGGUGAAAAAAGCUGCCUUUAAUAAUAUUCUUAGGAGGUUUUAACUGGUGUAAGAUGGUAUCUUUAAAACGGUCUAAGGAUGAGGAAGGAGAGGAGUGGUUCUUUGUGAUGUUAGAGAAGUAAUCAAUUGUGCUGCUUGUUACAGGCUUUCACUAAAGGCCUUAAGAAACUGUUGGCACUUUCCACCAAAUAUUAAUUAUGUCCUGGAGUUUUACUUCUA